AGGGAAAAAGGCCAAAUCCUAGGAAAACAGAAGAGAGGAGAGAAAAGAAAAAAUCAAAUCAAAUCCUUUUUUUUCUCCCAUUUCUCCCCUUUACACGGUGACGAAGGUGGUGGUGGUCUCCCUCUCCCACUUUCUUCCCCCCGCCGCCGCCGCGAGGCAUCCCGGCGAAUGGCGUCCCGCAUCGCCGCCUCCCGCCUCCUCCGCCGCUCCAACGCCACUUUAGGCCUUCUCAGGAGUUAUACACAUGCCAGGAACUACAGCAGUCAACUUUCAGCUCUUAUUCCAAUUGGUUCCCAGAACUCCAAUCUGACAAGAAGACAUUACUACUUGCCAAAUGUCUCUCAGUACCAACUUUGGAGUAGGUCAUUUGCAUCGGACAGUGGAGACAAGGUGGAAGCUGUUGUUCCUUUCAUGGGCGAAUCUGUAACUGAUGGAACCCUUGCUAACUUCUUGAAGAAACCUGGUGACAGAGUUGAGGCUGAUGAGCCCAUAGCACAGAUUGAAACUGAUAAGGUUACUAUAGAUGUUGCUAGUCCAGAAGCUGGUGUUAUUGAAAAGUUUAUUGCUAGUGAAGGCGAUACCGUUACUCCAGGCACCAAAGUUGCUAUCAUAUCAAAGUCUGCGGCACCAACUGAAACACAUGUUGCUCCAUCUGAGGAUGCAACCCCAAAAGAAACCCCUCCACCCAAAGCUGAGGAGAAAAAACCAAAAGUGGAAGAGAAAUCACCAAAAGUAGAACCUCCCAAGAUGCAAGCACCUAAGCCUCUGCCACCGAAAACCUCCCCUACAGAACCACAGCUCCCUCCAAAAGAAAGGGAACGGAGGGUGCCGAUGCCAAGGCUCAGGAAGCGUAUUGCAAACCGUUUGAAGGAUUCACAAAAUACGUUUGCAAUGCUGACCACAUUUAAUGAAGUUGACAUGACCAAUUUGAUGAAGCUGCGGUCUGAUUAUAAGGACGAGUUUGUCACCAAGCACGGUGUCAAAUUGGGUCUGAUGUCCUGCUUUGUCAAGGCUGCUGUUACAGCACUUCAAAACCAACCAAUUGUCAAUGCUGUCAUUGAUGGUGAUGACAUCAUAUACAGAGACUAUGUUGACAUCAGUGUUGCUGUUGGUACUUCCAAGGGUCUUGUGGUGCCUGUUAUCCGUGAUGCUGAUAACAUGAACUUCGCGGACAUUGAGAAAGGGAUAAACACCCUUGCAAAGAAGGCUACUGAGGGGGCACUCUCAAUUGAUGAGAUGGCAGGAGGAACAUUCACCAUCUCUAAUGGUGGUGUUUAUGGAAGUCUUAUCAGCACACCUAUCAUCAACCCCCCACAGUCAGCAAUUCUUGGUAUGCACUCCAUUGUACAACGCCCUGUGGUUGUGGACGGCAACAUUCUCGCGAGGCCGAUGAUGUACCUCGCGCUGACCUACGACCACAGGCUGAUCGAUGGCAGAGAAGCGGUUUACUUCCUGCGCCGCAUCAAGGACGUGGUUGAAGACCCACGGCGGUUGCUGCUCGACAUAUAGCUUGUUGCGCCACCAAUCCCAGCCUAGAGCUGCUUUUGUGCUUCGUAUGGAAAUAAUACUGCAAAUUUUUGACUGAUACAAGAGUUGCUUUCUGAGAACGACGAAAUUUGAGUUGAGGAUACCGUGAAGGUGUCUCUCUGACAAUUAUAGACGAGAGCACCGCAUCCGAAUCUUAAUCUUAUAUCAGCGCUUAUUCCAUUUUGGGAUGUACUUCCCUAAACAAUUUCCUUUUAGUUUCCAUGCAAGAGCAAUAGAUCAUGGUUUUUUU